AUGGAGCAAGUCCGACCACAACCCGCGACUAGGCCCGAGGGUCGCCGCAUGUCGAUAUUCACGGAGGUGGGACUGGUGGAUGAGAAUAAGAUGAUGGAGGAGAGGAGCCCGGUGCCGACACAUGGAGAGAGUUUGAGGAGGUUAAGACCCGCGAAGAUGCUGAGGUUUAGGAGCCGGAACGAUAUCUUCAGCGCGGAGGGAGAGAGGCUGGCUGACGACGAAGACGAUUGGGAGUCGGUUUGCGACGAGGACGAGGCGAACGAGAACGUGUCGCGCAUGACCACCACAUCGCAAUCCUUCCUACCGACGAAGCUGUAUCGAUUCGGCCUUCUCAGUGUCCUACUGGCAUUGAUGCUACCGAUCAUCCAGCUCAAUCCCCUCAAACACGUCGGCGUACGGGGUGGCGCGAUCCCGGCGAACUUGAUCCAGGCCAACGCCGAACGCUCGAUGCUCGUCAGACGAGAAGACAGUCCCACCGAUGCGUGUAGACGGUGGAGCGGACAGAGCGCCAUCGUCAACGGAACACUGUACAUGUACGGAUUCCGCAGGACUACCGACGGCCAACAGAAAGAGGAUACAUGGAACAACGACUUCCUCACCCUCGAUCUCACCGAAUCCUGGCAAGUCGCCUCACCCGCUCUGACCGGUCUCCCCAAGCCCACAGGCCCACCGGCCGUUUCGCUCGGUCAGCUCUGGGCAUCGCACGAUUCACUAUGGCUCUACGGUGGCCAAUUCUCCGACAGCCCACAGGCCGAUCCCGCGAACAACUCCGUUUGGGAAUACAAUAUCGGAGGCAAGCAGUGGAUCGAACACGCCGACCCGAAGACCUCGGCUGGUGGAGAAGAGGCAGAGGACGCUGGUCAAUCUGUACAACGUGUCGCUGAAGGUGCGGGUCUUACCGUUCCUACGCUCGGCAGGGGCUUUUACUUCGCUGGCCAUUUGGACUUCCUCACGACGGAAGGCUGGAGCAUUCAGACCCCGCGACUGUAUCUGAAGAGCUUGCUGGAGUUUACGUUUCCGGGCCAGAGCAACAAUGCUGUUGAGUCGCUGGGUGAUGGCAAGACAGCUGGAUCGGACGGUGUCUGGCGCAACAUCACGUAUGGCGGACUGCAGAACACUGCGUCGUUCCCUGAGCGCGCGGAUAGUUCGCUUGUCUACGUCCCUGGAUUUGGAAAAGAAGGGCUCUUGAUUGGAUUGACUGGUGGCGACAAUGCUACUUUCACGCAGAUGAACACUAUCGAUGUUUACGACAUUGAGACAUCGACAUGGUACAAGCAGAGUACUUCUGGCAAGACGCCGAAGUACCGAGUCAACCCAUGUACAGUUGUAGGAGCUGCUGCAGACGGCUCAUCUUACAACAUCUACAUGUUCGCCGGUCAAGAUCUCAAUGAACCUGGCAAGCUUGACACCCAAACGCAGCGCGACGACAUGUGGAUCCUCUCCGUUCCCUCGUUCUCCUGGAUCGAGGUCGAACAAGGCACCGACAAAGCCAGCAUACCUCCCCCACGUGCCGGCCAUCUAUGCCAAGUCUGGGACCACCAGAUGAUCGUCCUAGGAGGCUACAACACCGACCUCGGCUGCGACGCGCCCGGCAUCUACGUCUUCAACAUGAGCAGCCUAGGCUGGAGCGACCAGUUCACCGCCGUAACAGGCAAAAACGCGCUCCAAGGCUACAACUCCAAAGACAAAGGCAGCACCGGCAACCCGCUCGCCCAACAAAUCAACCAACGCGGUUUCGGCGUCGAAGCCGGCAUCGAAGGCUCCUACGGCUACGCCGUCCCCGAAGCCGUCCAAAGCGUAAUCGGCGGCGCAGCAACCGGUGGCGCCACCCUCACCGCCCCCGUCCAAACACCCACCCAAGGCCCUCUCGCAACCGGCAAACCCCAAACUUACACCAUGACGGGCCCUGACGGCGCAACCAUCACCAACGUCGUCAACGGAAACCCACAGGGUGCCUCAUCCGGCGACAGCGGCCCCAACAUCGCCGCCAUCGUCGCCGGCGUAAUCGCAGGCGUCUUCUUCAUCAUCGCCGCCUACUUCGCCUUCUGCGCCUGGAUCUACCGCCGCCAAGUCCAGAUCUGGAAGUCGCACGCUGCUGCCGUACAAACACGUGCGAAUGCGGAGAAACAGGGUACUUUUACUAGUAGCUCUGGUAAGAACAGCAGUGAGCGGCCGCCGGGUACGCUGGGUGGUAGUAGCCAUGGGGGUGUUGCGGCGGGCAGCUUUGAUAUUACGAGGAGGGGGAGCGAUGCCGUGCCUAUGCCUAGCACGGCGUAUGGCGGGCCUGGAGAGGGGGAUCGUUGGGGCAGGCGGAAUAGUGAGGGGAGUGUUGUGGAUGGGUUGUUGGAUGGCCAAGAGCCGAGCUUUUGGGGGGCGAGGGGUGUGUUGCUGAAUCCGAGGAGGAGUUUGAGGGUUAUUAAUAGGGAUUGA